AAGUGAAGAGUUGAGAGCUGCAGCAGUGUGAAGGCUCAGAGCUCCUCUUGUCACUGUUCCGUAUCAUAUAUAUGUAUCAGCUGUCAGUCAAACACCUCGGUGACAAACUGUCUCUGAGAGUGUAACACACUUUAUCCGUGCACGUGACACAUUAACCACGGUUAUUGUGCUCUGUCAGAACUUUGUCUGUCCGGUCAUCAGUCUGAAGUCGGUCCAACAUCUCCGCCGCCGUUAAGAUGCCUUUCAUCGAGCACGUCUCGGACGCGGACCUGGAGUGUUUGGCGCUGGAGCGGAUCGUCCCGGCGCUGCUGGCGCAAGGCUUCUGCUACGUGGACGGUGUCCUCGGGGAGCUGGCCGGCGGCGUCGUGCUGGAGCAGGUGAAGGACAUGCACCGCUCCGGAGCGCUGCAGGACGGCAAGCUGGCCGGCUCCGCCCGGGGCGUCCACCAGAGGAGAAUCCGCGGGGAUAAGAUCGCCUGGGUGAGCGGGGCCGAGCGCGGCUGCGAGGCGAUCAACUUCCUGCUCAACCUCAUCGAUAAACUCAUCUCCGUGUGCGCGAGCCGGCUCGGGUGCAAGAAGAUCCGGGAGAGGUCCAAGGCCAUGGUGGCGUGUUACCCAGGAAACGGGGCAGGUUACGUCAAACACGUGGACAACCCAAACCACGACGGACGCUGCAUCACCUGCAUCUACUACCUCAACAAGAACUGGGACGCCAAGGAGCACGGCGGCAUCCUCAGGAUCUUUCCAGAGGGGAAACCUUAUGUUGCCGACAUCAAGCCGCUGUUUGACCGGCUGCUCCUGUUUUGGUCCGACCGCAGGAACCCACAUGAGGUGCAGCCUUCGUACGCCACCAGGUACGCCAUCACAGUUUGGUAUUUUGACUCUGAGGAGAGAGCCGAGGCUAAGAAACGCUUCAGAGACUCGACAGCUCGGCAGCAGGAGAGCAGCUCUGGCUGAUUGUGAGAAAACAUCGCCACCUGGUGUUUGACACCCUGACCUGCUGGAGAGGACGGAAGGGUUCCUCCCAACUCUCACAGCUCCUGAAAAAGCUGAGGAAAAAAAGGACAAAAAAAAAAAAAAAACACAACAAAAAAGUUACAUUCUGGAGGAGUCGAGGGGGUUUCUAUCUCUUCAAUGGAUGAAUCUACAUUCCCUCGUCUUUCUGCAGGGCGUCCAGGCUGGACAGAGCCCCAUGACUGAUGAGUUCAAGUUGCCUGCAGCUGUACUGGACUUCCCCUGCUUUACAUGAUCUUUGUGCAAUACUCUCUGCUGAGUCAGAGGAAAAUUCUGCACUGCACCUUUAAGCUUCAGCUUGCUAAAACUAGAGGAGGCGAGAUGACAAACAGUCUGAGGUUUACCAACAGAGAAACACUGGAGAUAUGAUGCUUACAAACCUGUGUGAUAGACAUGUACUUCAACAUGCGCUGUAUAAAUGUUUGGAAUACGAUGGGACCACACGGGAGUAUUGUGUGAAGUCACGGAGGAGCUUUUGGGAAUUGAAUUAUGUGAAAUCUUACAGAGUAACAAUAUAAAUCAAAGAGAAAUUGUUUUGAGUGACAUGAAAGGGGUAGAAUUAUCUUUUAAAGAAACAGUCCCACAUUUAGGGGGUUUAAAAAAGACCAGUGUUUCUCUGAUUUUGGGGAAAGCAGUGUAAAAGGUUUGCGUUGAAGAUUAAUAGCACUUUAAAGCUGCUGUUAAGCAUUAUGACUUCAUGAUCUGAUCAUUGUUGAGAAACACCACACUUUCUGUACUCUCCCUACACUCUGACUUUUUGUUCCUGAUUUUUAAAAUGGCUGCCAGUGUUCUGUGCGCACUCCGUCCUCCGCCGACGGAGAAGGACAAAGAGGAAGAUAGAUUCCACUGAUGCAGCACAUUUGACGGGCGGCGUGUGAAGCCGCUGUCACAGACUGUGUGAGAGUGGAUGAAUAAUUGAUGCUCUGUUCAAACGGCUCUUCAGAGACGUUACUGAGCCUGAGCCGCCGUCCUGAAAGAAUAACGCUCGCUGCUAACUUUCAGCACCUUUUAAAAGUAAUUUGUCUCUUUCACUGCAGCCUGACCAGGACUCCCUGAGAUACUUAAAAUACAACAUGUAACUGUCCUGUGUUUUGUGUGCAAGAAAUAUUUUGUCUCCAUCUAGAUUUUCAGAAAGUUCUGUGAACUUUCACUUUAUUUACAGAUGUAUUGAAUACAACUUAUAUUUUAAGAAUGUAUUUUAUUACCUGUUUUUGAAUCUACAAUAAACAUGUAGAUAUCGGUC